AUGACGACACCCGGGGAGAUGUUCCACGUAGCGGCUCCUGAGAGGGUUCUUCGCGCCAGACAAAAGGACGGACAGCAUGUAUCUGAGCUGCGUGGACGGUUGGAGGAGCUGGUCCGUGGCAUGGUCGGCGGAAGAGCGAGCGAAGCGGCGGCUGGGACCGUCUCGCUCGUCGCAUCGCUGGUGUACUAUGGUCUGACAAAGGGUCUUUGCCAGCCAUCGGUCGGCGAAGAGUAUGGUUAUGUGCUGGCGACGCGGAGCUCGGCGCCUCUUGAAGGCAUCGUUCCGGCGGCUGGUCCGCUCUCGGCUCCUGGUCGCGUCCGCGCGGCGAAUGGCUCCAUCAAGUGGGCGCCGUCGGACGUGCCGCUGGUGCGCAUGUGGCUGGCGUUGCUGCUCAAGAUCGUAGCACCGCUGCUGGUGGCUCGCGCCGACGUCCGAGCUGCAGUGGCACGCUUGAUCGGCGCCUGGGUCGAUCGCCACUGGCCGCUGAUCCAGCGCCUCGCCGCCGCGGUCAUCGCUCUCCACGAGGCCUGGUUCUUUGCCGUCGGCUCGUACGCUUCGAUCGCUGACCGGCUCUUGGGCAUUGUCCACGCUGAUGUGGCGCCCUCGACCUCGCAUCUGGCCCGAACUCGCAACCAGGGCUACGUCGGCAUGGCGGUCCUCCACGCCAUCCCGCCGGCCAUCGACCUUGUCUCUGCCCUCCGCACGCUCGCCACACCGCCGGCCGGCGAGUCGACCGACGACAGUGAGCAUGUGCGUGGCGCACAGCUGCUCGCCCCCGAAAUCGACUGUCCCAUCUGCUUUGAGGACAUGUCGCACAACGUCUCAGCCACGCUCUGCGGUCACGUCGCUUGCUGGGACUGCCUUAUCCAGUUUACCGCCUCGGACGCUUGCUGCCCGACCUGCCGCGCGCCGACCAAGCCCUCUGAUGUCGUCCGUCUGUACAACUACUGA